AUGAAGACCAGUAUCCUGCUUAUGUUCCUUUGGGGGUUGUCUUGUGCUCUUCCCGUAACCAGGUAUCAAAAUACUGAAUCCGAGAGCUCUGAAAAAUGGAAGGGUCAUUUGGCUCAGACACAAACACCACCUCUGGAGAGCAGUGAGUCAUCAGAAGAAAGUAAAGUUAGCUCAGAGGAACAGGUAAAUGAAGACCCCAGCGACAGCGCUAAAUCAGAGGAAGGCCUGGGCCUUGAUGAUCAUUGGUAUGUUCAUAGACCAGCUGGUGGCCUCUCUAGGCAUGCAGGAAAAGAAGGAGAUGAUAAAGACAAUGAUGAAGAUGACAGUGGAGAUGACACCUUUGGUGACGAUGAUAAUGGCCCAGGACCUGAAGAAACACAAGGAGGAAACUCCAGACUCAGAAGUGAUGAAGACUCAGCUGACACCACACAAUCCAGGGAAGAUAGUGCCUCUCAAGGGGAAGACAGUGCCCAAGGUACCACCAGUGAGAGCAGGGAUCUUGACGAUGAGGAUGAGGGGAACAGCAGACUUGAGGGAGAUGACUCCACUCAAGAGAGUGAGAGUGAGGAGCACUGGGUGGGAGGUGGCAGUGAGGGAGACAGUAGCCAUGAGGAUGGCUCUGAGUUUGAUGAUGAAGGGAUGCAGAGCGAUGAUCCAGACACCAUCAGGAGUGAGAGAAGCCACUCCAGAAUGAACAGUGCCAGUGUCAAAUCAAUAGAAUCAAAUGGGAACAGUGAUGAGCAUGUAAGCACUCAGGAUUCAGGUGAGAGCCAAUCCACGGAGAAUCCCAGUAGGAAAUUUUUCAGAAAGUCCCGCGUAUCUGUGGAAGAUGACACAGAUGAUCUUGACAAUAGCAACACAAUGGAAGAAGUCAAGAGUGACUCCACAGAAAACACUAACUCCAAAGAAACUGGCCUCAGACAAUCCAGAGAAAACAGCAAGAGUGAAUCUCAAGACAGUGAGGAGAAUCAGUCUCAGGAUGACAGUCAAAAUGUACAAGACCCCAGUAGUGAGUCUAGUGAAGAGGUUGACCUGCCAUCUCCAGAAACUAGUAGUGAGUCUCAGGAAGAGGUAAUGAGUAAAUCUAGGGGUGACAACCCAGAUAAUACCUCCAGUCACUCAGAAGAAGGUCAAGAAGACAGUGACACCAGUGAAGAGGAGAGUUUGAGUAAACCCUCCAGUUCAGAAAGCAAAUCCAGAGAGGAGCAAGCUGACAGUGAAUCCAAUGAGAGCCUCAAAUACUCAGAAGAAAGCUCGGAGUCCAUUGAAGAUGAAAACAGCUCCAGCCAGGAGGGCCUCCAGUCUCACAGUGCCUCUGCAGAGAGCCAGAGUGAUGAAAGCCAGUCGGAACCAGACAGCCAGUCUGAGGAAGGUGAUGGCAGUGAUUCUGAGGACAGCAGCAAGUCACAAGAAGAUAGCAUCUCUACUGAGAGCGAUUCAAGCAGUGAGGAAGAUGGCCAGUCAAAAAACACUGAGAUAGAAAGCAGAAAACUAACAGUUGAUGCUUAUCACAACAAACCCAUUGGGGAUCAGGAUGACAAUGACUGUCAAGAUGGCUAUUAG